UAUUUUACCUCCUGAAAACUGCAAUGCAGAUGUGACAGAUGAAGAUUCUGGAGAUGAAAACUAUGUAAUGUUACACAAUUUACCAGGAUCUCAGUUGAGGGCGCCAGCAGAGUUUCGUUACCGAUCUGCAAAUUAUAGUGAUGAAGAUGAUGAUGAUGUCCCACUCAUACAGUUAUCAAAACGUAGGCGUGCGACUGCUGAAGAACUCAAUAAUUUUGAAGAGUCUCCGUCCACUUCAAAAUCAAGUAUACUCCUGUAUAGCGGAUACGUUGUUCUGCCUAGAAGAUGCAUGUACUGGCAAAAUGCUGCAGAUUGUGGUAUGCCUAUAGUUUAUAACGCUAUGUCCAGAGAUAGAUUUACAAAUAUAAUGGCAAAUCUCCAUUGCUGCGACAAUACAAAUCUAAAAUCUGAUGAUAAGUUUGCCAAGUUACGUAUUCUAUUUGAUAAGCUCAAUUAUUCUUUUUCUGCCAAUGCACCAUUUGAAGAGCAUCAUAGCACAGACGAGGCAAUGGUUCCUUAUUAUGGGGGCCAUCCGUGCAAACAAUUUAUUCGAGGAAAACCCAUAAGGUGGGGAUAUAAGUUUUGGGUUGGAGCAACACGCUUAGGUUACAUAGUUUGGUUCGAUCCAUACCAAGGACAGUCAAAUGCUUCAAACCAAUACAAACAUGCAUUGGGUUUGGGUGCCAGUGUUGUCUUGCAGUACGCAGAUGUGCUACGUAAAAUCAACAGUCAAGCUCCAUUUCAACUAUUUUUUGAUAAUUUUUUUACAUCUAUUCAUCUCAUUGAUGAAUUACGAGAGCGAGGUAUAAAAGCUACUGGAACUGUACGAGAAAAUCGUGUAGCUAAAUGUCCUUUGCCCACCAAUAAAGAAUUACAAAAGACACCACGAGGAACAUUCCGGUACCAGUCCACCAGCGCAGAACAGAUUCUGGUGUGUAAAUGGCAUGAUAACAGUGUGGUGACUGUUUCAUCAAACGCUGGGCGGGUUCAGCCUGUAGUAAAAGUGAAACGAUUUUCCCAACAACUGAAAAAAUAUGUCCUAGUUGAUCAACCUGCUGUUGUAAAAAAAUAUAAUGAACACAUAGGUGGAGUAGAUCGAUCCGACCAAAAUAUAAGUCUAUAUAGAACUUCAAUCAGAGGAAAAAAAUGGUAUUUUUCGUUGAUUUGUCAUGCAUUGGACAUGGCUGUACACAAUUCUUGGCAAUUAUACAAGAAUGAUGGAGAUUUGCUUAAAAUGUCAAUUAUUACGCCUAUACAUAAAAAGGGUACAAAAUCUGACAUGGCCAAUUACCGUCUCAUAGCAUUAGUUCCCGUGCAUUCCAAAAUUUUUGAGAAAGCAACGAAAACGAGGCUUCUCGACUUUGCUUCCAAAUACAACUUAAUAAAAUCAGAACAAUUUGAUUUCCAGCAAAAUAAGUCUACGUCCUUGGCAGUUUUCCAUCUGGUACAAGAAAUAGUCGUAAAUGUGAAUAAUACUACAUAUAUACCUACAACUGGUAUAUUCUUUGAUAUGACCCGCACCAAUGCGCGAUCAAUACUUCGUAUCCCAUGA